GUCGUCUACGGCCCCAUUUUCAAAGGCAAAGCUCCUCUGCUCGGAGCUGAUGGAUCAACCCCACUCACUGAGAAGGCACAGAUCCCGCAACGCUGGGCCGAGAAAUUCCAAGGCGUACUCAACCGCCCUUUCAUCAUCUCCGACGUCGCCAUUGAUCGUCUGCCUCAGGUGGACAUCAGCAUGGAUAGCGACUUCCCACUUACUCUCCAGGAAACUGCCAAGUCUGUGUAG